ACCAAGGGCGGUCAAUUGGGAUUUAUGUACUCUAUGGCAAUUAGUCUUGGUACGCUAGAUACUCGAGUGAACUUGAUCGUAUCAGGUAGGACCAAGGGGGCUCAUGAGAGUAAGGAAUGUGAUGAGAAUGGGACGAACUGGGAAGGCCAAGUCAGCAGGAAAGAUAUCGAGGACCACCCAGCAAUUCAAGCAGGAAGGCCCAAUAACACCACAGAUGCAGCGCUGUAUCUAAUUAAAGCGGGUUUCGUAACUGGUCGAGAUAUCAUCGUCAAUGGAGGAACUUUGCGCAAGAAAACUGAAGUAUCUAAAGCUUCGUUUACCUAG